AUGUCUGAAAAUCGGAAGCUGGGGUCGGCAUUACCAGUCGAACAUAUCGGCCAAAGCAUAUCAGGUCCCAGUGGACGGCUCUCAACAUCAUUAGAGAUUGAAGAUCCGCCCCCCGAAAAUCUCAAGCAUCGUCUGCAUGAGUGGGCAGGCACUGGAGCACGCAACGAUGACGAAGAUGAUCAGGGUGAAGAAUACGAACUUCUCAUGGACCCAAACCUCCCCCGGGAGUAUGAGACGAGACGAAAGAACUCACAAGAGUCUGGUGAUGAGACGGCUUUGAUCAAGGAUGAUGACCAAGACCAGAAUGAGGAAGAAGAAAACUCACCAUAUCCUGAAGUUCGGGCUGCGGUGCGCAACUUUGAUGAAGAUCUCCCGUGCAAUACUGUACGAGCAUGGACUAUAGGAAUGCUACUCGUUGUUGUGGGUGCUUCGAUGAACACUCUGUUCUCACUACGUCAACCGUCUAUUAGCAUUGGCCCUCUUAUCGCUCAAAUCGUUGCGUGGCCGAUGGGUCAUGGCUGGGCCAAGUUUGUGCCAGAACGGGAGUUUACCACUUUUGGUAUAACAUGGACUCUCAACCCUGGGCCGUUUAACGUGAAGGAACACGCUAUCAUCGUCGUCAUGGCCAGUGUCUCGUUCUCAGUGGCAUAUGCCACUGAUAUCAUUCUAGCACAAGUCAUUUUCUACAAGCAGGACUUUGGCAUCGCGUUCCAACUUCUGUUGACUAUCUCAACUCAAUCAGUAGGUUAUGGAAUCGCAGGAAUGCUACGGAAAUUCUUGGUGUAUCCUGCAUCCAUGAUCUGGCCCGAAAAUCUUGCUGGUGUUACUCUUAUGAAUGCCAUGUACGAGAGAAACGAUGCCCCAGAUCCUAGUGUUAUAGGAGGAGCAAUGCACCGGUACAAAUGGUUCGCAGUUGUGACUGCAUGUUCCUUUUUCUACUACUUCAUCCCGGGUUUCCUGGCCCAGUUCCUAAGUAUCUUUGCCGUAGCUACUUGGAUGGCCCCUCAAAAUCCCAUUGUGAACCAGCUAUUUGGAGGCCAGACAGGUCUAUCUCUUCUUCCUAUCACUUUUGACUGGACACAGAUUGCAGGAUACGUUGGCUCACCGCUCAUUCCGCCGUGGCAUGCCAUCGCCAAUACUCUCAUUGGUGUUGUUGUCUUCUUUGUUAUUGGAUCGUCUUUCCUUCACUACGGAGGAGCAUGGUAUGGCGAGUAUUUGCCAAUGAGCGACUCUGGUACAUAUGACAAUACCGGAGCUCGCUACAACACCACGCGGAUUCUCACAAAGGACUUCACACUAAACGAAGAAGAAUACAAAAACUACUCGCCCCUUUUCAUCAGUACAACCUUUGCAAUUUCUUAUGGUCUGUCCUUUGCUGCUAUAUCUUCACUCGUUGUGUACACUUAUCUGCAUAACGGCAAACAGAUCUGGCAACAAUGGAGAAACAGCACAAAUGAAAAGCCUGAUGUACACAUGAAACUUAUGAGAAAGUACAAAGAAGCGCCUACUUGGUGGUACAUGUCACUCUUUGCAAUUAUGCUCCUGAUUGGUUUCUACACAGUGCUUGGCUACCCUACCAAUCUUUCCUGGUGGGCUUUUCUGCUUGCCAUCGCAAUCUCAUUUGGAUUCGCUCUUCCCAUAGGCAUCAUUCAGGCUGUGACGAAUACUCAAAUUGGCUUGAACGUCUUAACAGAAUUCAUCUAUGGAUACCUCCAACCAGGUCGACCACUGGCCCUGAUGAUGUGGGUGCUUAUCUGUCUUCGAUCCACACUCCUGUAUGCUGAUCCUGAAUGCCUAGUUUUAAAACAUAUGGAUACAUCACAAUACUUCUGGACUGACAUCCACACCCCUCUGUCUAGGGCACAGUCUCUUCGAUUUGUCUCGGAUUUGAAGUUUGGACAUUACAUGAAGAUCCCUCCUCGAACCAUGUUCCUGUCUCAAGUUGUCGCCACAACAUUCUCGUGCUUUAUUCAGAUCGUUGUUCUGAACCUGUCUUUGAAUAAUAUCCCCGAUGUCUGUGAGCAACACCAGGUAGAUCACUUUACGUGUCCCGGAGGUCGCGUCUUCUUCGCUGCCUCCAUAAUAUGGGGUCUCCUCGGACCUGCCCGCAUGUUCUCGCCUGGCCAAGUAUACUCUGGGCUCUUUGUCUUUUUCGUCAUUGGUGCCAUAACUCCCAUAGUUAUCUACUUCCUGGCCAAACGCAGGCCCAAGUCUCCAGUGCGUUUCCUCAUGGCACCUCUCAUCUUUGGAGGUGCAGGGGCUAUGCCGCCUGCGACACCCCUCAAUUAUCUUUCUUGGGGGGCAGUGGGUUUCGUCUUUCAAUUUUGGAUCAAGAAACGCCAUUUCAGAUGGUGGUCGAGACUUAACUUCCUUACAUCGUCUGCACUCGAUCUUGGGCUAGCCCUUGCGACUUUGUUCAUCUUCUUUGCGUUCACGCUGCAUGGUAUCGACCCGCCAAGCUGGUGGGGAAACGACAUCGUCUCAUCGACCAUGGAUGUCCAAGGUACCGCGAUACAGGCACAUGUAGUCGAGGGAGCGCGGUUCGGGCCCAAGAGCUGGUGA